AUGGGCGACACCGGGGCGCCCCGGCCCGCGCCCGCCCGCUUUGAAGUGCUGAUGCGGCGGGGAAGCGAACGGCGCGAGAAGCUGCGCAUGCGCAUCCGCGCGCUGCACGAGCUGCGCCGCUUCCUGCCGCCGUCGGUGGCGCCGGCCGGCCAGAGCCUGACCAAGAUCGAGACGCUGCGCCUGGCCAUCCGCUACAUCGGCCACCUGUCGGCCGUGCUGGGGCUGGGCGACGACGGCCUGCAACGCCGGCGCCCCCCACCGGGCUGCCCUCUGUGCCCCGACGGCAGCUCUGCGCAGGCGCAGACUUUCAUGCAGGCGCACACGCUGACGCAAGCGCAGACGCGGACGCAGAUGCUGACGCAGGCGCAGGCGCUGACGCAGGCGCACAUGUGCAGCCCCAGCUUGGGCGUCCCUGCGGGGGCGUCUUGGGAAGCCCAUCCCGCCGGCCCGGACCCCUAGCGGCGCCCUACGCGGAGGUGUCUUUGCCCCGAGGACCCGGCGAUCGAGCUGGCCCCCUAGUCCUUGGUCAAUACUUCCUGCCUCGGCGGCGGGCUCUCGGGCCCCGCUGACCGCCCCGUGUGCUCGCAGCUCUGCGCCGGCGACGUGCCGGGCCUGCUGGACACCUGGAUGCCCGCCGAGUGACCUCCCGGCGGCGGCGGCGACGACUCCCCGCAGGCGCCCCGUCCGCGAGCACCGGUGUCUCUGCGGCCUCCACCCCGGGGUCUGUCCAGACCCUUCGUGGGGGCCCCGGCGCUCCCAGGACGGGUCCCUCCGGGCGGAGACGCCGCCCCGUUACGUUUAUUGACUCGUGAAUAAACGACUGUGCUGGCGCCGCCCCGCAGUGCCUCCCCCGGGGCCUGGGGGUCGGGAGGGCGCCCGACCGUCGCGCCCUAAGGCCUGUCGCCUCUCAGAACCCGGGCGGCGGGGCGGCCAUGGCCUCAGUGACAGCGCGUCUCCUUAGUGGCCGCUGGACGCGUUUCCCACCUGCAGCGGCCCUGGACUGGAGCCGGGCUCUGGCCCGGGCCGAGGCACUUCGUGCCCUUCUCUCUCCCUCUCGCCGCCCCUCCCGCCCCUCUGCGGCGCCCAGGGCCGCCCGUCCGGGUCAUCCACACGGCUGACCUGGAACCUGGCCACACCCCGUCAGCACCGGCUGCUUGGCUGAAGCUGGGGGGCACCGGGAAAGGGGGGUCGGGGGCGCUUGCUCGCCCUGGGCCCAAGGCCUCCCAGCUCUCCUUUCAGCCCCUUGGUGACUUUGAAACCAGGUACCUGGGGCGGGGACAGGUGCAGGCCAGAGCUGAGCUGUGCUCGGUCAAAGAAAGACGCCUCCUUGACCCCUGUGCUCUUACAGCAGCUUUUUGCUGACAUACCUCACAUGCCAUAAAAAUUCACCCUUUAAAGCAAACAA